AUGCAGUGGACGCCGGAGCACGCCCAGUGGCCCGAGCAGCACUUUGACAUCACUUCCACCACUCGGUCUCCCGCCCACAAAGUUGAAGCUUACAGAGGUCAUUUGCAGCGCACCUACCAGUACGCCUGGGCAAACGAUGACAUAUCUGCUCUGACGGCAUCCAACCUACUAAAAAAAUAUGCAGAGAAGUAUUCUGGCAUUUUGGAAGGCCCUGUGGACCGACCCGUACUCAGCAACUACUCGGAUGCACCAUCAGGACUAGUGAAUGGUCGGAAGAAUGAAAGUGAACCCUGGCAGCCUUCCUUGAAUUCAGACACUGUUUAUCCCAUGAACUGUGUUCCGGAUGUCAUCACUGCCAGCAAAGCUGGGGUCAGUUCAGCCCUCCCUCCGGCAGAUGUCUCUGCGAGCAUAGGGAGCUCUCCUGGGGUGGCCAGCAACCUGACAGAACCUAGUUAUUCGAGCAGUACCUGUGGAAGCCACACUGUACCGAGUCUUCACACAGGGCUCCCGUCUCAGGAAUAUGCCCCAGGAUACAACGGCUCGUAUCUGCAUUCCACUUACAGUGGCCAGCCCGCACCUGCACUUCCUUCACCGCAUCCGUCUCCUCUGCACAGCUCCGGGCUCCUACAGCCGCCGCCGCCACCUCCCCCGCCGCCAGCGCUGGUCCCAGGCUACAACGGGACUUCUAACCUUGCCAGUUACAGCUACCCCUCUGCUAGCUAUCCUCCGCAGACUGCUGUGGGGUCGGGGUAUAGUCCUGGGGGGGCGCCCCCUCCUCCGUCAGCAUAUCUGCCUUCAGGAAUCCCUGCUCCCACACCCCUGCCCCCCACCACUGUUCCUGGCUACACCUACCAGGGUCACGGUCUGACACCGAUCGCACCCUCGGCUCUGACAAACAGUUCGGCGAGUUCUCUCAAAAGGAAAGCUUUCUACAUGGCAGGGCAAGGAGACAUGGACUCCAGUUAUGGAAAUUACAGCUACGGCCAACAGAGGUCCACACAGAGUCCUAUGUACAGAAUGUCCGACAGCAGCAUUUCAAACUCAAACCGGGGGAAUGGCUUUGACAGAAGUGCUGAAACAUCAUCCUUAGCAUUUAAGCCAACGAAGCAGCUAAUGUCCUCUGAACAGCAGAGGAAAUUCAGCAGCCAGUCCAGUAGGGCUCUGACCCCUCCUUCCUACAGUACUGCUAAAAAUUCAUUGGGAUCGAGAUCCAGUGAAUCCUUCGGGAAGUACACGUCGCCCGUGAUGAGCGAACAUGGGGAGGAGCACAGACAGAUGCUCUCUCACCCCAUGCAGGGCCCCGGACUCCGCGCAGCUACCUCAGCCAACCACUCCGUGGACGAGCAACUGAAGAAUGCAGACACACACCUCAUCGACCUGGUAACCAACGAGAUUAUCACCCAAGGACCACCAGUGGACUGGAACGACAUCGCAGGUCUCGACCUGGUAAAGGCUGUCAUUAAAGAGGAGGUUUUGUGGCCUGUGUUGAGGUCAGAUGCGUUCAGUGGACUGACGGCCUUACCUCGGAGCAUCCUUUUAUUUGGACCUCGGGGAACAGGCAAAACGUUAUUGGGCAGGUGCAUAGCUAGUCAGCUGGGGGCCACGUUUUUCAAGAUCGCUGGCUCUGGACUUCUCGCCAAGUGGUUAGGAGAAGCAGAGAAGAUCAUCCACGCCUCUUUCCUCGUGGCCAGAUGUCGCCAGCCCUCAGUGAUUUUCGUCAGUGACAUUGACAUGCUUCUCUCCUCUCAAGUGAGUGAGGAACACAGUCCAGUCAGUCGGAUGAGAACCGAAUUUCUGAUGCAGCUGGACACCGUGCUGACGUCGGCUGAGGACCAAAUCAUAGUGAUCUGUGCCACCAGUAAACCAGAAGAGAUAGACGAAUCUCUUCGGAGGUACUUCAUGAAACGACUUUUAAUCCCACUUCCUGACAGCACAGCAAGACACCAGAUAAUAGUACAACUGCUCUCACAGCACAAUUACUGUCUCAACGACAAGGAGUUUGCACUGCUCGUCCAGCGCACAGAAGGCUUUUCUGGGCUAGACGUGGCUCAUCUGUGUCAGGAAGCGGUGGUGGGUCCCCUCCAUGCCAUGCCAGCCACAGACCUCUCAGCCAUUAUGCCCAGCCAGUUGAGGCCGGUUACGUAUCAAGACUUUGAAAAUGCUUUCUGCAAGAUUCAGCCUAGCAUAUCUCAAAAAGAGCUUGAUAUGUAUGUUGAAUGGAACAAAAUGUUUGGUUGUAGUCAGUGA